UUGGCUGAGCACCUUCAACGCUGCUUCGCUUAGACGCGCAGGGAACGUCACUAACGGACCGCUUGCUCACGAUGAGUUUACGAAAACAGACUCCUAGUGAUUUCUUGAAGCAGAUCAUUGGAAGACCAGUGGUUGUGAAACUGAACUCUGGCGUGGACUACAGAGGCGUUCUUGCUUGCCUGGAUGGAUACAUGAACAUCGCUGUGGAGCAGACGGAAGAGUAUGUCAACGGCCAGCUGAAGAACAAGUACGGAGAUGCCUUCCUAAGAGGAAAUAAUGUGUUGUACAUCAGUACCCAGAAGAGAAAGAUGUGAAAUUGCUGCCUUCUGAAAUAUGUGCAAGUCAGUGUUUGCUGAUAUCCUGUUAUGUUAGUUUAUUACUGAUGCGUAUGUUUUUUUUUUUUUUCAGUGACCUCUUUGUAAGAUGAAAUUUGUAUUGGUGUUAUAUGUACAUAUAAUGCAAUAAAUACUUUUCUUUUCCCCCA